AUGAAAGCAGUGGUGUUCAAAGGACCGGGGAGCGUUGUGGUUGAAGACAGGCCUAUACCAGCAAUCAAAGAUGCAGGAGAUAUUAUCGUCAAAGUCGACAAGGUAGAUUGCUCACUACACCAGCAUUAUCAUAUACUAAUCGAACUACACGUCUUCCGCGGCCACCAGCCAUCUGGUACUGACUUUGUCAUGGGACACGAGUUUACAGGACACGUCCACGACGUCGGCUCGUCUGUGAAAAACUUCAAAGCCGGCGAUUAUGUCGUAACUCCAUUUACAACCAGCUGCGGUGAAUGCUUCUAUUGCAAACACGGCUGUUCAUCACGAUGCGUCAAAUCCCAGCUAUUUGGAUCUACCGGCCUUGAUGGCGCCCAGGCGGAGUACGUGCGAGUUCCCCUCGCAGACUCGACGGCUGUCAAAGCACCCCCAGGAAUCAAAGACGAGGUGCUCGUCUUGAUGGCCGAUAUCUUCCCCACGGGCUUCUUUGCGGCGAAGAACGGCUUCCAAUACUCGACUCCGGAAGAGAUACAAGACAGUGUUGUUGUACUCAUCGGAUGCGGUCCUGUCGCUCUAUGCGCACUCUGUAACAUCAUGGACUACAAGCCCAAACACGUGCUCGCAGUAGACUCUGUGCCCUCGCGACUUGACCUCGCCAAGUCACUGGGAGCAGAACCAUGGAACUUUCAGUCUGAUCGCGAGGGACUAGGCAAACGCGUCAAGGAACUCACAGACGGCCGCGGUGCAGAUAUUGUCAUUGAAGUCGUGGGCCUCUCUCCCGCGCUACGCAUGGGCUAUGAAUUGAUUCGGCCAUGGGGUGUCAUCAGCUCCGUUGGUGUGCACAAUGGCGAAAUUCCCUGGACUGGCGAUGAUGCGUACAACAAGAACUUGAGGAUACAGAUGGGUCGCUGUCCUGUGAGGAGCGUUUUUGAGGAGGCAUUAAAGAGCUUGAAGAAGCAUCAAGACAAGCUUGGAUUCAUGGCCGACAAGAUCAUGCCACUGAGUGAAGCAGUAGAGGGCUACGACAUAUUCAACAAGAUGCAGGUACAGAAGGUCAUCUUUGAGGCGCAUAAGUAA